UGAGCCGUUUGGAGGGGCUGCCCCAUCUUGGCCCAGGCUUCAAUUAAAAAAAAAACGCACAAAAAAGGCGAGACGUCUAGCGUUUCCCUCUUACUUGCCAUUUGAAAAAAAAAAGCUAGGGUUUAUCCUCUCAGAAACAGGCAGAGAGCUGAACAGAGAGAGAGAGAGAUUCAUGGAGAAGUACGAUAAGCUAGAGAAGGUCGGCGAAGGGACCUACGGGAAGGUGUACAAGGCUCGAGACAAGGUAACGGGGCAGCUGGUGGCGCUCAAGAAGACGCGGCUUGAAAUGGAUGAGGAGGGAAUUCCGCCGACGACACUUCGCGAAAUCUCCCUCCUACAAAUGCUCUCUCAAAGCAUCUAUGUUGUCCGGCUGUUACGCGUGGAGCAUGUUGAGAAGAACGGGAAGCGGCUUCUUUACCUUGUGUUCGAAUAUCUGGACACCGACCUCAAGAAAUACAUUGAUACUUACAAGCGAGGGCCAAAUCCCAGGCCGCUUCCAUCUCGGGUGACUCAGAGUUUCUUGUAUCAGUUGUGCAAGGGUGUUGACCACUGCCACAGCCAUGGAGUGCUGCACAGGGACUUGAAGCCUCAGAAUCUCUUGGUUGACAAAGACAAGGGCAUCUUGAAGGUUGCGGAUCUUGGAUUAGGGAGAGCCUUCACCAUUCCUCUAAAGAGCUACACGCAUGAGAUUGUUACACUUUGGUAUAGAGCUCCUGAAGUGCUGCUUGGAGCAACUCACUAUUCGAUAGGAGUGGAUAUGUGGUCGGUUGGCUGCAUUUUUGCUGAAAUGGCUAGAAGGCAACCUUUAUUCGCUGGUGAUUCAGAGUUGCAGCAAUUGCUUCAUAUUUUCAGGUUUCUUGGGACUCCUAAUGAAGAUACAUGGCCUGGAGUCUCUUCUUUGCGAGACUGGCACGACUAUCCACAGUGGAAGCCACAGAGCAUUGCUCUUGCUCUCCCCAUGUUGGAAUCUGACGGGAUCGACCUUCUAUCGAAAAUGCUCGAGUAUAAUCCUUCAAAUAGAAUUUCCGCGAAGGAUGCAAUGGAACAUCCUUACUUUGACAGCCUUGACAAGUCACAGUUCUAACUUGGAAUUGAGUUUUCUGUAACAGCUUCGCCUGGCCAGUUUGUGAGGUCUCUUGUUGCUGUUUUGAAUGUAGUAGAAGCUGACAUUUAUUAACAAGUGUAGAAACUCUACUGCGUCCUGAGUUCUUGAGCAAUUAUGCCUUACUGUUGGUGUUUGUAAUACCAGACCUAAUAAAUAAAUAAACUCAAACAUUUGCCUAUUUUGUUGCCUAGAAUGUGCCUUAAAUGUACAUUUAAUUGCCAUGCGCACAACUUUUUGAGACAAAUUUUACUUGGAUGCAUAUGCAUUUAGAGUUGCAUGUAUAUAUCACUCAAGUUGUUAUCGAAUUAGCUAGAUAUGACAUGUGAUGUGGUCAGUUCAAGUAAAGUGAGUCUGGUUUUACUCAUUAACUUAGGUUUUGAUCGAUUGGGACGGUUUAUUUACUGUUUUUGUUAAAGCAUCUUUUGAAUAAAAAAUUUUAAUUUUUUAUUAAAAAAUUACUUUAGAUAGCCGUAAGAAAGUCAUCCCAAACGAACCCUCAGACUCACAGCCCUAAUCUUACCUCUAAUUAUUUGAUCUAAAAGUAUCUCGCAACCAUACAAAAUAAACAAAAUGAUACCAAAUCGGCAUAGCUUAAUCGGUUCACUUCAAACUAAUUUUCAAUAUAAAUUUUGGCUGAUUUCUCCACUCAAUCUCCAUUCAAUUUUUGCCUCCAUAACAAAUCGAAGAACAAAGAGCUACAUAAGACCUAAAAUUCAUCACAAACUGUAUUUUGAACCCGAAUUAGAACGAUUUUUUGGACUAAAAUGCAAAUCGAAAAAUCCAAACGGCAAGAAUUUACUGUCUGAUAAAUUCAAUCUGAUCUUAUCAAAGGAAAGUUUUAUCGAUUCUUAACAUAACUGAAGUAAGUCGGUUUGUCUAAUCUUCUUAACUUCACCUUUAACUCUUCUACGAUACAAUCAAUGUGAUAAAGACUCUCAAAUAUUUAAGUAGAAACUUAAUCGGUCAUAAUCAAGCAUUAAAAUACAACUUUGCCCU